AUGGCGGGCUACGACUUCUCUUCUAAAAACGUUGACAGCCCACCAUCACUCAGUAUAACAAUUCCAAAAACAAGUGAUCUUGUUACAGCUUCAAAGCGUUGGAGGGAGGUCCAGCUGCCGAUCGACAUUUUGCUUUUGGCAGUAAGGGACGCAGAUUUUUUAAGCUGUUUUUACUACCUGAGCGAUGUCUUUCGAAGCUACACGAGAACUCUUGGUUAUGUACAUUUCGGGAACUUUGGCAAAGAUGAAGGUCAACUGAAACUGAAAGUUAGCUUGAUUACAUGCUCAGGAGGCGGUGGUGGGAAUCCCGGAGGGUCAGCGAUUGUAGUUAAAGACGCUGUUGAAAUUUUGCAGCCAAGAGCGGUAUUUUGUAUCGGCUCUUGUUGGGGCUUGUACCGGGAUAAAACCAGGCUAGGAGACGUAUUGGUUCCAGCCAAGCUAACCACGUACGCUCCACGAAGGAUGACAAGCACUGGAGCCGUGCCUUGCGGCUUUACAGUGCCUUUAAGCUCAAGUAUGUCCCGCCUGAUCAGGCAGGCUGGGUUUGGUUGGAAUCCGCCAUUGGAGAACCCGGAAGUUAGAGAAGUAACAGUUCACCAAGAUAGCGAACUCCUGAGCGGAUCAGAGCAGGUGGAAUCGAGUCAACGGCGAGAUGAACUUGUUAGAUCGUACCCCAACGCUAUUGCUGUUGAACUGGAUGGGGAUGGUGAGUAAAAAAAUAAUUUAAAUCGAUCUGUAUUGCUUUGCUACCCUGGGAACAGAGUCUCCUUCGAUCUUCCUAGAUAAGUUCCUCUUUCCCGACUUAUCGAACCGACUCUGCUGGCAGGAUAUUGCUUUGUUGACUUUCCAGCCGAUUUCUUCAUAUUUACAAAUCUCAAAUUUACUAGUACAAUCAAUCAGUCAGUCAAUACUUUUAUUUAAGUGUCAAAAUAUUUUAAAAACAUAGCAAAGUGGAACCGCUAAAUGGGGGCCACUAUAAAUUAAAAUAAGCUUGACUUAUUGUAGCAUUUAAAAUCGAGUAGCUUUUCACAAGUGUAUCAUUAUUGACUAGAUACUGUAGUGUAGCAUAAGACUAGUUACAUGUGUAUAAUUGCUAAAGUACAAAAUAAUUUUAAAAAAUAGUAGUGUGUUCAUAACGCAUUACAUAGAAUUAAGUUUACACAUGGCCAGCAUUCCUCAUAAAUAUCUGAUGAGAAAACAGAAAUUUAGAUAUUUAAGGUGGGCCUCCUUUUGUAAAGAGUGAACAUUUUCCUCCUCCAGUGUGUGGAAGGGGGGAGUUCUUAUCCUGCAUUCCCGUUCCUUUUACGAAAAUCCCACACCCUGCGUUUUUUUUUCAUGACUUUCCUGAAUCCAGUGUUCUCCUUAUCAGGUGGUAACCGGUAAAAUUUACCGCCUGAAGCAACACUUCACCGCCUCAAACGGUUUUAGGUUUACUAUAAAUAUUAAAAAAAAGUAUUGAAGGAAGUUGUGAUCCGAUGCAAUAGAGUACUAAAGUGAUGACGUCAUAAAGAUGAAAUUUCUGAAAUUAUGGGAUUUGUCAAGAUAUUCUGAAAGAACAAUGUCCAAGAGGCCUACUUGCCAAAAAUGAGCAUUUGGGGGCAAAUUGUCCCCGAGAUCGUAGCCCAGUUAUACUCAGAAAACUCCAUACAAACCCUUCUAAUUUUUUUUUGGGUCGACCCAAAAAAAAUUUAGAAGGGUUUGUAUGGAGUUUUGUAAGCAUAACUGAGCUACGAUCUCAGCGGCAAUUUGCCCCCAAAUGCUCAUUUUUGGCAAGUAGGCCUCUUGGACAUUGUUCUUUCAGAAUAUCCUGACAAAUCCCAUAAUUUCGGAAAUUUCAUUUUUAUGACGUCACACUUUAGUACUCUAUUCUCACAAGGAAAAUGAAUAAAUAUAUACAUGUACAUACAUGUAUAUACAUGUAUGGAAAAGUACUAAAGUAUACACAGCUUUUCUUUUUAUGAGCCAUGCAUUUUGGAAAGAGAACAUUGAAGACAGAGUAAAAUUAUUGGAAUCAAACGUUUUAAAUUUCCCAGCAAGAGCAGGGCCAUGUCCCUCACUCCACUAUGCCCCCCAGGAAAGUGUGCCUCUGGUACAUAUUUUUGGCCUUACUGGCCAUGAAUGAUCCCUUACCUGCUGAGCUAAACUUUAUCUGAACACCUGGAGCAGGCUAUUGUCAGUGGCGGUAAAAAGAAAACUUGUCUCUGACCAGAAGAAACAAGGACACCAAAGCUAUGACAAACUGUUUGAUCCAAGGGAGCAGAGCUGAGAUCAUUGUACUAUUGCCAUAUCUUAAGUUUGAAAAAUAUUUCCUCAAAAUUUACAAUAAAAUAAUGUAAAAAGCUAGAGCAAUUACUGGUACGCUAGAACCACAUUCACUUUCCUGGCAUCUGGCUGAAACAGUUGUAUCUCUCCGCUCGUCAAUUUAGUUACNGCUAAACUUUAUCUGAACACCUGGAGCAGGCUAUUGUCAGUGGCGGUAAAAAGAAAACUUGUCUCUGACCAGAAGAAACAAGGACACCAAAGCUAUGACAAACUGUUUGAUCCAAGGGAGCAGAGCUGAGAUCAUUGUACUAUUGCCAUAUCUUAAGUUUGAAAAAUAUUUCCUCAAAAUUUACAAUAAAAUAAUGUAAAAAGCUAGAGCAAUUACUGGUACGCUAGAACCACAUUCACUUUCCUGGCAUCUGGCUGAAACAGUUGUAUCUCUCCGCUCGUCAAUUUAGUUACAGUUCUGUACAAUGACUUAGAAAGCCUGCUUCAGAUUUCAGUUAUUAGGCUUAGUUUGGUUUGUUAGUUUUGAACUAUAGAUGUGAAGUUUUUUCAAGGUAUCAACUACCUCUAUUGCAUGGGGCUUUGUGCAUUAAAUAUUAAAUCUGUAAGAAUUUAGUAAUUUUUCAAGCUUUCAGAGGUCAUCAGCUUUUGUCAGCUACAAUUUUAUAUUUUGCUUACUACUGACUGACUUUUCUGCAGGAUUUGGCUAAAGCUAGCAAUAAGGGCUGAUAUUUUUUGCAUAAUUUGUACAAUGUAACUACAGUGUAGCUGAUCAUUCUCUAUCAUAGCCAUUUUUUUUUUUCACUCCAGGUGUUUUUGCAGCAGCACAUGAUCUAAAAACAGAAUGGGUUAUCAUCAAAGGAAUCUCUGGCUAUGCAGACUGCCCGGCAUCACUCACUGAACAGUGGGCAGGAUUUGCAAGUGUCAUGGCUGCAUCUGUCAUGAAUAACAUUCUCAGUGAUCCCUUUGUUUUUGAGGAAUGGCCUCACUAUCAGAGGGCACAGAAUGAAGGUAUGGUCUAAGACACACUUUUUACUUUUUUGGUUUGACAACAACUUAUAUACGUAGAGUCAACUACUAGUGACAAUUAGUCACUAGUCGCUAACUUAAGAGACCAAUACUACCAAUACUAAUAUUUUUUUUUUCAGUUAUUGAAAAUGGACUUUUAUAAAAAUGUAUUGUGAAAGACAGGGAAUGUGGGAACCUAAAUUCUGCCUUUACAAAGGUGCCCUGUUCUUGAAGUGGAGGCAAACAUUUAAAACCCCAAAGACUAAUGUCUUUUUUGCUGCUAAAAUUUUUUAACCUAAUUUAUGCAUUUCAACUUAAUUUAGGGAAUGUCUCAAGUGUCCUCAGAUCACCACCCUAUCUACAACACAGAGAACCUAUGAUUGAGACCAUAAACAGAAUGCCUGAAAACCCAAUGCCUAGUCCACCACUGAUGCUAAAGAAGAUUGGGAGAAAAAUAAAGAGAUGCAGUGGCUGCCGGAAGCCAAUUACUUCUCCUCUCCUGGGUUUUUCAGCAGAGGAUGACCAUGACUACUGCUUUGGUCGACUGGACGCAUAUGACUACUGGAACAAGACUACUAAAAGUUGUAUGCCAAAAGUGUCCACCAGGCACUACCACCUUAACCCAGUGUGCACUAAAGUGCAAGGCAUUGCACAUUUCCAAAUCGACAGUGGUAAGGUGGAAGUUACCCCAAGCCUAAGGGCACUGAUCAAGGAAAGGUUUUCUACAGACAUCUAA